AUGGGGAGGUUUGGGCCAUCACUACCGGCCCGGGAUUCAUAUUUCCAGGCCCAUUAUAGCAGGCUCAACUGGGCUUGCAGUAUAUUUGAUUCUCAAAAUCAGGUCCUAUUAAAAUGGUCUCUUCCUCCUUGUGAUGUUUUAAAGCUUAAUAUUGAUGGUUCAAGAUUGUCUCAUAAUGGUUCUAUAGCAGCUGGGGGAUUGAUUCGAAAUAGUGAUGGAGAUUGGGUUUGUGGUUUUUCUGCCAAUCUUGGUGUAGGAGAUAUUCUUGUGGCUGAAUUAUGGGCUCUUUGCAUUGGUUUGAAAAUGGCAGGGCAGAAUGUAACCCAUAUUUUGGUUGAAUCUGAUUCUGCUCUUGUAGUUAAUAUGGUUAAAGGGGAGUGGGAUGAUACCCAUCCUCUUCAUGGCCUCCUUACCGUGUUCAAAACUCUUUGGUUGAUAUUUACAGGGAAUGCAAUAUGUCAGUAG